UCUGCUCUCCUGACAUGGGAGUUUUUCACUUUGGCAGGCAGUCAUAUUGAAGCAGAUGGAAACGGCAAGGUUCAACUUAGAAGUUUGUCAUGCUUUCUUUGGACAGGUUUUCCUUUCUUUUUCCUUUUCUCCCUUUCUCCCAGGAAGGCAAUGAUAAAUUUUACCUUGUAAGCACUGAAAUUUUCAGGAUUCAACUCCAGUGUUGUUGCUGGGCUUUAGGGGUGGUCCUAGGAUGAGUGAGGGGACUUUUGUCACCAACACUGAGGAAAAGAGGACUGUAAAAGCUCUAACAAGACACCUCCAGCAGUGAUCUCCACUACGCUUUGGUGCCCACACCCAUUUCUUGAUGACUUUCUGGGGAGAUUGGAUGAGAGUAGCUCCUAAGGAAUGGCUGUCCAUGCUGCUAUGGGCAUCAGAUUGUGGUGGACUCAUGGUGGACUCAUAUCAAACUUCUCUUCCAGUUGGGGCUGACACAACUGUGUGCUGCUUCAGCUACAGUGUACGGAAGCUGCCCCAGAAUCAUGUGAAGGAGUAUUUCUACACCAGCAGCAAGUGCCCACAGCCAGCAGUUGUGUUCACCACCAGGAAGGGGCGGCAGGUCUGCGCGAACCCUGACGCCCGGUGGGUGAAGGAAUACAUCAACUUCCUGGAGCUGCAGUGAGCACCAGGACCUGAGGUGUCUGCCCUGGAGAGCCCUGCGAGUCCAUGCAGCAAAGUCAUGGCGUGGCGCUAGAAACCCCACUGCUGAGCACCAGGGCCAACAGACACCCUGGGGUCCCUGAGCUUCUUUUUGUCUUGCAACAGCAUCAUCUAUACUAUACAAUUUAGCCACCCUACCAUGCAGCUGCAAUGCUGGGGACGCGUCUCUUGGCCUUGCAGGUCUGCUUGGUGCAGGCUGCUGUGCAAAUGUUGUCUCCUCCUGUGCCUCUGCUGCUGGAGCGGGAGGGGAUGUUCCCCUAAGAGCCACCUGUGGGAAGCAGUCUGUUAGAACGAGGUGUGAGUGCUGUCACAUAAUGCAGGCUGACCUCCAGGCCAUCUGGCUGUGUCUUGCCAUGCUGCAGGAUCUGUGAAUGAGAUGCUGUGAAGGAGAUCCUUCCCUAAGGGAGGAAACAGUACACUGGAUAUUUAUGGGAUGCUCAUUCUGGAACCACACUUGUGCUCAAAACGCUGUGUCUUGCUGGUCCCAAAGAAUAAAGGUUUCUAUCUCUGUGACUAA